UCAAUUUUUUUCUUUUUUUAUUAUUUCAAUUUUCUCCAAACCUACACAUACUGAAACGAGACUUUUCAGUUUUCACUGCAUUUCCGUUGGCUUCGUUAUGCGACUGUGAGCUCAGAUUAUGACUAAGGAUAAUUAUUUAUUGGACUAGGAGGAGUUCACAAGGUGCGCCAAACUGAACUGAUUUUCCAUUGAGAUAUUGCUGCACUACAAGCCAAGAAUGAGCUUACUUUUAAGAAUAAGACAUUAUUUACCCAAGGGUUUAUGUAGACAACCUCUUCAUCCAACAGUAGUGCGGCUUAACGCUAGUAACUUAAAUGUAUUUUCAAGACAUUUUGGUCAACCUGCGAGGAAAGAGGAGGAGGAUGAUGUAGAGGAAGUGGAAAUUGAUCAAAAAUGUCUCCCAGCUGAUUUUGAUCCUGCUACAUUUGAUCCCAAUGAUCAUCGAGGCCCUCCAUCAGAGAGAGUUUUCAGGCUUAUUGAUGAGAUUGCUUCUCUUACGGUAGCUGAAGCUGGAGAAUUGGGUCUCAUUCUCAUGAAGAAAAUGGGAGUGAAGGAGAUGCCUAAUGUGGGAUUUAUGAAAGCAGGAGCUGGAAAUUUGGCUGGAAUGGCAGCAAAAGCACCAACAGCAGCCAAGGAGGAGCAAAAGCUAGAAAAAACUGUGUUUGAAUUGAAACUGGAGUCCUAUGAAGCGGCUUCCAAAAUUAAAAUCAUCAAGGAGGUCCGGGGCUUUACUGAUUUAGGUUUGAAGGAAGCAAAGGAUUUAGUGGAAAAAACACCUUCUGUUAUAAAGAAAGGUAUUUCAAAGGAAGAAGGGGAGCAGAUAAUAGAGAAAUUGAAAGCUCUUGGUGCAAAGGUUGUUAUGGAAUGAAGUGAUGUAUGUUGUUUCUUCCAGCUUUCAAUAUUUUAGUUGUCUGAAAUUUAAAAAAUUUCAGAUCGUUGGCAAGUAUACUGCAAAUUUUGCUAGUGCUUACAUUGUGUGUUAAUUUUUUAGCAUAAACUGGAAUUUGAUUUUAUGCAGGUUUGCAACAUUAUUCAUUAUUUCCCUCUCAAUGGAAUAAAAGUAUUAUUCCUACAGACGA